AAUCAGAGAGCAGCAGAGGGCGGCGACGACUUCUUGUGUCCGCACUGUGUUUACUUCCGUCAGUAUUUCCACCAGUGUGGACAGAAGGAACAAGAAAUAAGAACGGACGGUACAACAAAAGAGUCGCUCUAGGUAGGUUGUAGAAAUCAAUGUACAAUAUGUUGCAUUGUAUUUAAGAGUCUCUAUUUUGUUCCUGUCGUGGUUUUAUUCGUUCAAGCAAUUGACAGCUUUGCUGUACUGCAUUUUAACGGCUGAUCGUUACAUGUCAGAAAGACUGCAAGCGAUAUUGUUUUUCUAAAUGCUCCAUUCAAAUACAUAAUCUUCAUGCCAUGUGUAUUAAUAAAUCAACGUGGCUCAGUUCAGCAUGACAGGCUCUGAGUAGAAAACAUUCAGAACUGUAAUGGUCUUGUUGUUGACUUGGCUUAUGUUGUCAGACAAAAACCUGUUCUGAAAGUGUAGUUUCUAACACUAGCUGUAUCUGACUGUAUAAGGCCAUAACAUCUCUCCACCCCCACCAUCAAGUGACUGCUACUUCACAUGAAUUUUAGACUUUAGAAAUUACUGUAUUUACAACAUUGUGACAAUUGGAAAACCGUAGUUUGUUGUGAUGUUUCAAAAACCUUGAAAUUAUUUCAGGAAGUAGCCAAAAUAGGAUUCUAGAAUAUAAUUCAAACCUUUGAAAUUAUUUCAAGAUGAAAUAAUGAGUUUGAUUAAACUAUUAAUUUUCUAAUGUAAAAUUAUUGAACCCUACAAGUGCCAUUAAAAUGUCAACACAUAGAUCUGGAAAUUUCUUUUCUAGAUCUUUGCUUGUAAUCUUCUCACUCUGAAUGUACAUUGCUUUAAAGCAUCUGCUCAAUCACAUUGUAACAUAAUGUUAAGUUGGCUAUAGACCACAUAUUUGGUUUUCAGUCUUUGUGUAUGGUCUUUGUUUGCUUUCAACUAUAGCCUAAAGAGAAAUUAGCACCUUGUUGACUGCCCAGGUGCUUUGCAUCCCUCCCCAGGUAAAAUGCCUUUCUUGGGCCAAGAUUGGAGGUCACCAGGGUGGAGCUGGACAAAAACCGAGCAUGGCUGGAAGAGGAUUGUCUUCUAUGGACAUGAGCUAGAGGAUAACAACAGAGAGAUAGAGUUGACAGAGUAAGCAAAUUACCCCUUAUUCCAUUUUUAUUCCUAUACUUACCUUAAAUGACAUUAGUUCUAUCUGAAAGUAUACUUUAAGUUAUCACUGUGCUUUAUCUGGUUUAUUUGGUUUUAGCCAAACUAAAAUUUAUAUCUAGUUCAUACCCUAAUGUGUGCACAACAAAUACUAGAUAUUAUCACAUAACUUCUGCUUCUAUUACAUAUUUCUGUCUCAGAUUACCAUUGAAUUUCCCUUCAGAGAUCAAUAAAGCUCCUUUUAUCUGGUCUUAUAAGUAUUGUACAGUUAAUUCCUGGGCUGGAUGAUAAUUCAAUAAAAAUUUGUUUUGUUGCUAAAUAUAAAUCAAAAGUACAUAACUAGUAGAGUUAACCUUGCUAUAUACAAUGAGUGGAAUAUAUUCAGCAGUGGAAUCAAGUUGAUUUCUUCAGGCUAUUAUUCAAUCACAAUAGUUUAAUGUAAGAAUGAAAUUGGUUUUUGUGAUAUCAGCCAUCCAUUAGUUUGAUACUGACAUUCAGAAAUAACCCAUAUUGCUAUGCUGAAAUAGAUUCAAAGAUUAAGAUGUCCCCUGUGUUUCCUUGUGUUUGAUGAUUGGCCAUAUGGCUGAGAGACUGAGGUAGGGUCCUAUUGGGACAAAAGAAUGUAAUACUAUCUGUAAAGCUUGCAUUUAGUUGUCCUCAACAAACAGCGAUACAUCCUGUCUCAUUUCUUUUUUUCAUCAUCUGUCAUAAACACUGUAUUUGGCUCAAAUAUCCCCACUCACCUCAAAGACAGAUGAAUAUGUCAGGGUAGCCUUUAAAUUAUAUAAAAUGUGAGUAAAUGUGUAAUUUUUGUGUUAAAAAAAUAACCUAAUGUAACAACCUUCUCUCCAGAUCAAAGCAGUACACUGAAGUUCUCGUGGUGUCUUUGUCUUUGAGUUAGUCUUAGAUGAUUGCAACACAUGGUAUGUGUAAAGUUGUCAUGGGUAUUUACUGUAUGUUUGAAGUUGUGUGUUGAAUGUAAGCAGACCAGUUCUUCUGGCUCAAGCACACAAAAACAGCACUUAAAUAAAGACAACCUGUCUCACAUUUUUAGGACUCUGUCCCUCCUGAAGCUGUCUAGCUUCUAGCUUAACAAACCCAACUGUUCGGUCAGCUCUGCCCAGAUUCUUCAGUGUGAGUUAUUUCUCAAAGAGGUGGUAUUAUGAUUUUUUUAUUUUCUUUAAUUAUUUUUUUUAAUUCUUAGGUUGGACAGUAAGACAUCAGUAAUAUACAUGAGCAAAGUUCCAGAUUGCAAGAUUAAUGUGUAAUGAAGUAAUCCUCAAAUGGGACUACAGGAUGCUCUGAAUGACUUGUUCAAAAAGUCACAUAAUAGCUAAUUCAACAAGAUCAAGAUGAGAUUUGCUUGAAUUCAGACUCCACCAGACAGUGAAUGACCUUAUUGGGCAAAUUUGUCAUUUUAUAGAAGAAACCAAAUUUUGUUGCAUUACAUAGCAACAGUGAAGAAGGGUGAAUGCCUGGGGGAAGGACAGUUGCUGAAAUGAAGGUUUUUAUAGACAGCAGCCUGAAAUAUGUUCAGAAUUUUUUUAACUAUGUAAAGCUGCUAAGAUGUUAUCAGAGGGACAAACAAAGCCAAAAAAAACAAAAAAAAACAAGCCUAAUACCCCCUCUUUAAGCAAAAAUUCAAAAAGUCCUCUGAAAAUAAGACUCAUAACAACUACUUUAGGGUCUUCUGAUAGCAAGAGGUGUUUCACCAUGGUGACAUGGUGAAUGCCAGGGUGACGUCAGUACCUUCCUGGUGCUAACUGAGUUGACAGUUGAAUCUCUGCACCAGCCGGUGAUGUCUCCCCAUGACACUUAGUCCCCCUUUCUAUUGAUCGGCCUAUCAACAUCACUCAGAGACCCACAUUAGCAAGUCAGCAGUCUUUUCAUAAAAAGUCAACGGACACAGCAUCAGACAAUAAUGUGUGACAUCAUCUGUUCAGACUGGCCAUGCGCCAAAAACAUGGUUGCUCAGAAAGGCUAGUGACAUCAUGCAGUGGAGGUACAUUUAGCAGAAAGAAAGGAGGGCAUUAUGGUGGCCAGUGGCAUGGUACACUGUGUUACAAAUGAAGUUCGAAUCCAUGUGCAAUCUUUGAGAGCAGAAAAUAACCCUGAUUGUCACCUCGCACAAAAAAGCGUGCAGUUGUGCAUUUAAGCUUGAAUACAUUUUCUCCAAUAAAUCCUAGCUAAAUUUCAGGCACAUACUGUUUUUGUUUCCCACCUUGUUGCUUAUACCCACUCAUUCUCUGUGGUUUAUUUAUUUCAGGUUAUGGUUUAAAUAUCUAAAAAUCCUUCUGAACAUUCCCACUGUUGUGUGAUGUCUUUUAUUGGCUGUGUGGAGGCUGCUGCUACACAUGCAACCAGUGUAAGAGAGGCACGCUAUUGCAUUCCUCACUUUAAAUUCACUGUGGCAGAUUACUGUGCUUGCAUGUGUGUUUGUAUGUAUGUCUGUACAAUUGGAUAAACUCACAGAGACCAGGGAUUAUAGUAGAGUCCAUUUACCCUGUUAACUUUGCAGUGAGAUGAUCAGAGGCAUGCCUUCUCUUACCCCAGAGGAAAAUGUGAAUUAGUUUCAGAAAUCAAUCAGAAUGUAACCAAUGACUUUAGUGAAGCAAAGGUUUUCUAAAGCCGCACAAAGCACUUGAAAUAAACAUGCUCUUCACCAUCCUUCAUUAGAGUAUAUCCCCUGUUGCAUGUUAGUUGUAGAGACUGUGUCGACAGGGACAAGAUAACUCAGAUCUCAGGGAGGAGGUGCAAGGCUUUGUCUUCUCUGUGAUUGCUAAAUUAGAAUUGCAAAUAUUUACUAUCAAACUCGCUGGAUAGUGACUACUUUAAAUAGGUAAAACUGUGUGUAGAAAUACUUUUUUCAAAAUGUAUGUAUUAUCUGGUACAUGGUAUUUUUCAUUUUUUUAUUUUUUUUACAGAAAGUCAUCCUUUUUUUCCUGUGAGAGUCCAGGGGUUGGUUGGGUGGGGAGAGUAACUUUACUUAGGCACAAAUAGGGGAACUCCAAGGAAAAAAGUUUGGGAACCACCCACUGAAUACUGCAGUAAUAUACAAUACAGUAAAAACAGCAUAUUAAUUAAUAAAGGAAGAAGACAUCUGAGCAAAUGUUUAAAUUGAUACCAAAUUGAUUGUCUGAAGUGACAAAAAUGAAAGCGUUUAUUGUGAAGUUGUUUAAACAGUAGAUUGCUCAAUCUUUGCAUGUAACAACUCACAGGUAAUUUGAAAAAAGAGAACCUGAAGUGUUUUAGGAUUGCAUCACAGUUGCAUGGCUGUCUACUGCCUCUCCUGGACAGCAUUGCUAGGGAGAAGGCUAUUAUACCUUCAUGUAAAACUGCUACUGAAACUCUCCUAGGCUGUAUUGGCUGAGCGAGAGUGUGUUGGUUCGUUCUACUUCAGUGGGGCAACAUAAACUGUGAUUCAUAAAAUAGCUCUAUUGAUAGUAAGUACUAAAAAAAAAUAUCUACUCAUGCCAUCCGGUCGAUUUUUAGUAAUCAGUGUUCCGGUGUCGAACUAUUUCCUUUCUGCGACGCAGUGAUACUUGCACAUACGCAAUGGAAUAUGCAGAGGAGUGAAGCGAUUUUUGUCACAUGGACCAAUAGGAGCCGAGUCUCAUUGCCAUAGUAUCAGAAAUACACAAACAUGACGACGAGCGCAUCUAGCAGCGAGACAAGCAAAGAGGAAGAAAAGAACACGAAAAAAAGAAAACAGCCUUCAAAAGUGCAUAAAAAUUGAACGAAACGAUGCUAUAUGCAUCUAUCAUCUGUCCAGAGUGAAGACGUUCUCGACUUUACAAGGACACGUUGGGAAACUUACAGAACUAGUAUUAGAAAGUGGCUUUCUCUAUAGGGUGAGACAAAAGACCAGCCAGAAAUGUACAUAUACUGUAUGUGAGUAACACAAAAAACAAUUAUAUGGUGCUGCUGUUUUUGCUUGUAGAAACUGCUAUGUUGAUUCUGGCAAGACAAAAUCUUUCUCAAAUGUCAUAAAUACAUCUACCUAACAUCUGAAACAGUUAUUGGUGCCUUAGUAUACGCAUAAGUGAAUUCAGAUUAUGAAAUGUAGCAAAUUUAUUGAAGAAAACGUCUCAACUCAAGUGAUUUGCACCCAGCACAAUGAAAUAUAUACAGUAAAUUUAGCUAAAAGCUUAUGUUUUAUACAUAAAAAUGACACAACCUACUGUGUAAUAAAAGCAAUAAAAUAUAAACAGCACACCAUGGCCAUAAAUGGCUGAAAGUCAAUCAAAUUGCUACCACGACCCCCAAAAUUGGAAUAAUGGAAAAAAUGUAACAAGACAAAAAUAAAUGCACAAAAGGUCUGAAUUAAUUCAAAAUUUGGUGCUUGUCGGUGCCAAGCAUGUGAGAAUGCUUCAAAGGAAACAGAAGAAAUAAUGACUCUGAUGAAAGUAAUAGUGAUGCGUAAUAUACGCACCAUGUCACCAUGUACAAUUUGUUAUGUUUAAAGGAUUGCUACACCGAGAUUUGAGAUUUUUAUUAUUUUUAUAUCUGUUCUACAUUUGUCUGCGUUUGUGUUUGGAUCUUUAUUUUCAUAUUCUGGAGGGAUUGAUAAAUGUCCGAUGUUUUGACACUGUGAUACUUGAAUAAAUGUUUUAUACCAUAUUUUGAAUUAAUUUAGACCUUUUGUGCAUUUAUUUUUGUCUUGUUACAUUUUUUCCACUAUUCCAAUUUUAACAUAAGCUUUUAGCUAAAUUUACUGUAUAUAUUUCAUUGUGCUGGGUGCAAAUCACUUGAGUUGAGACGUUUUCGUCAAUAAAUUUGCUACAUUUCAUAAUCUGAAUUCACUUAUGCGUAUACUAAGGCACCAAUAACUGUUUCAGAUGUUAGGUAGAUGUAUUUAUGACAUUUGAGAAAGAUUUUGUCUUGCCAGAAUCAACAUAGCAGUUUCUACAAGCAAAAACAGCAGCACCAUAUAAUUGUUUUUUGUGUUACUCACAUAUAUGUACAUUUCUGGCUGGUCUUUUGUCUCACCCUGUAGAGAAAGCCACUUUCUAAUACUAGUUCUGUAAGUUUCCCAACGGGUCCUUGUAAAGUCGAGAACGUCUUCACUCUGGACAGAUGACAGAUGCAUAUAGCAUCGUUUCAUUCCAUUUUUAUGCACUUUUGAAGGCUGAUUUCUUUUUUUCCUGUUCUUUUCUUCCUCUUUGCUUGUCUCGCUGCUAGAUGCGCUCGUCGUCAUGUUUGUGUAUUUCUGAUACUAUGGCAAUGAGACUCGGCUCCUAUUGGUCUAUGUGACAAAAACCUCUUCACCCCUCUGCAUAUUCGAUUGCGCGUGUGCAAGUAUCACUACGCCGCAGAAAGGAAAUAGUAAUGUUGGACACUUAAGGGUUUGCACAGUUGUGGUAUCAGCCCCAUUGCUUGCUGCAUAUUUUUAAGGUAUUAUAUCUCAGUAUAAUCACCUGACCCAAAUAUUUGUCCCAAGAGUUUGUAGUUUUGCCAGUUGGUUGCUUAACUUCAGCCAAGAGAUUAUGAAUGCAUGGAAAGUCAAACCCCUGUGCAGUCCAGCCCUUUGAUCUGUCAAUUAAAGGUCAGGAGACAACUAAUGUGUAGAUUCAGGGGAACAGUUUGAGCUUUAUUCCAUUACAUCAAAGAAAUAUUGAAAGUUUUCACUUUACAGUAUUCUGCAGAGACCUAUCACACUGUUGAAAACAUUUGUACUGAAUUAGAAUACAGAGAAAUGUGCUCUGACCCUUCCAAACACACAUGCAUUCACAUGUUAGAUGUUUUCAGUUGGGCCAAUUCAAGCUUCCAAUGUCUAAAUAUGUCAAGUUAGGGCCAAAAAGUUGAGCUUUUUCUUACAGAGGGCCACUUGUCAAGCAAGCAGACCCAAAACACUGCCAUAAGUAACAGAUCAGUUUCAGGUCUGAGUAUGUGUUGCCUGUUUUCUGGAAAACAGUGCCAGAGUCCCAUCAGGCUCUCUUGUCUCUUAGACUGAGUUAGAGUAUGUCUUUAAUGUCUUUAAUCUGUGGUGUUUCCUCCAUCAACACAGAACAGUGAGUCAUUAAAAAUGACACAUCUUGGCUAUUCUGGUUGCUGUUACAUCUCUAUCAGCCUGAUUGUUGUACUGAUUUAUCCUUACAACAAUCAGUCUUCUCAGCAAAUCUGUGAUAGUUUGUCCUUUUUUAUAUGUAUGUGAAUAGAAGAUGUCAAUAUAGUUUCUCAACAUGAGCUAAUUCGAUGUUUUACAUAAAAUUCCCAACCCAUGAGCCGAUUCUGAACAACAUUUUGUUAUCAAUUGCCCUCUCUUAUGAUUGGUAAGUCUUUCCUGUGGUACACUGUGUUCUCAUUAACAUGUACCUUCCAUGCUUGCCCUGUCUAACCAGGCUGUGCAGUGACAACAAAGAGAAUCUAUUUGUUGGGGAUGUGUGUGAGCUCGCCACCACAAAGAGGAAGAAGGACCUCUACAACAACAACACCAAAUCUCAGUGUGAGUUUUACCAGCACACAAUCUCUGUUUCGGCCUUGUAAAAAGUAAAAGGCCUUUAGUCAUAGGUCCGCUGAUCAGAAACACUUAAAUAGGCAAGCCAAAAAUUCAGUCAAGGGCUACCACCUAAUACAAGCUUUGCUAAGAUUUAAAAGACAAAACACAUAUAAAUGAUCAGGAAAGGUUUCACCAGAGGCUGCCACAUUAGACCCGAGAGCCUUAUUUUAAUCAUUUGUGUAUUUUGGAUGCCUUUUAGAGGUACAUAAUGUUUUUUCAGCAGCAGAAUAAGUCUAAAUCUCAUUCAGCCUAUUAUAUUUUGUGGGAAGCGUAGUGUAUGACCAUGGCUGUGACCGCCACCCAUUCUUAAAUAGAAUUAAGGUCUCUUUAUGCAUUUUAAGAAACUAUCCAUAUUUUUUGCAAAGGCCAGGUUUUUUAAGUAUUGGCAGUUUCAGGGCUUGAGACUCAUAUUUAAACAUAGCUUUAAAUGUUUAUUCUCUAGGUCAGUGCUUUAGUUCAGUUUCAAUGUGCCUAUACUCUACUCAAACUCCUGUUCUCCAUAAGGUAAUCUAUAUGUCUCCCUGUCCAGUUGUUUUUAGGGAUAAAUGGAUAUAUGUGCAGAAAGGAAGCACAAAAGAGGUAAGUGCUGCAGCGUAUAGAGGAUUUUUUCUGCCUGUUUCCAUUAGGGAUGAACCGCUGGACUUACUUGAAUAGGAACAAAACCAGCUAAUAUUUGUGUCCAUAUGUGUGUGUUUACAUGGUAACCCAGCGUCAUGGAUACUGCACGCUUGGUGAAGCACUCAACCGUCUGGAUUUUUCCAGUGCCAUCCAGGAUUUGAGAAGAUUCAACUAUGUGGCAAAAGUGAGUGAUGAUAUUUUUACAUGUUUGAACAGAAUCCCCUUAAAACUGAUGUAUGGACGAAACUCACUGUGUCCUUUUUCCACAGCUUUUUCAGCUAAUAGCCAGGUCCCAGCUUACCUCUUUGAGUGGAGCCGCCCAGAAAAACUAUUUCAACAUACUAGAGAAGAUUGUACGAAAAGGUAGGAAGGAAAAUAAUAGAGACUGAUUACUUUGUUACAGACAGAUUUUUGGAACUUGUGAUUUCAACUCAAACACUAAUAAAGGCAACUGAAAGAAAGUUUCUUAAAAGAGCUUUUCUGUCCUAAACUUUUAAGCUUAGAGCAACCACGAGACUUUAUUUAUAGUCAGUAUUUAGCAAUGGCAAUGCCAUUGUGGUGAUUGUUGACCCACAGAAAAAGUGUGCUCUGUCAUUAUGGUGUUGUGUUGCCUGGUGAACCUGAGUACAAGUCUAGUCAGCUGCAUUUAUGUGGUGAAAUUUACAUGCAGUUGUACUCACUAAAAACAAAAAGCAGUGUUUAUUUGAAAAUGUGUUUUUUUUUUCGCUUAUCUUUUAGCCUCCUUUUUAAGCGUGUGAAAAAGUUGUGUCUGUAACGUGUAAAACAUUUUGGGGGUUUUUUACUAAUUGACUUUGACUGUAAGCUGGUUUUCUUCUGGAGUUAAAAGAAGGAUGAUGUUAAAUUGUUGAAUUAUUUGAUAAUUAUGUUGGCUUUCUCAUCUAAGCUGUUUUUCCUUGUUUUAAAAUCUCACUUCUAGUUCUAGAGGACCACUACAACCCACGCCUGGUCAAAGAGUUGCUGCAGGACCUGAGCACAACUCUACACAAUCUGACCAUCCAUGUAGGCAGGUGUGUCCUUGUGGGAAACGUCAACAUCUGGCUGUGUCGACUGGAGACCAUUCUCAAGUGGCAGCAGCAGCUCAACAAUCUGCAGAUCCCCAAGGUAGAGGGCGUACUUGUUUUCAUUCAAUAGUCUCUAAUAGUGCAUGGCUCAUGUUGGGUUAUUAGUUUGAGCUUUUGGGCUCUAUUUUCGUGCCUCGCCGGAGCCACAGGCGCAGCGUAAGUCAGGUCCGCCGCGCCGACAAGGCGUUCCCAAGCACAUUUUGGUAUUUCGGUGAGCGGUGCAGCCCGGCGUAAGUAUUCCCCCUCCCUAACUCAGCUCCUCCCAGCGGCGUAAGUCGUAGCGAGGGAGGAGAGAGGGCGUGGAGUGGGUUUCACACAGCCGAGGCCUGUUUUCCCCAAUCACAUAAGCUCCUCUCCUUGCCUUUAAAUCCACCACCGGCGAGGCGUAUUACUAUUUUCGUGAAAUAGUCAAAGAGAUCAAGAGAUGUCUGAAGACAGUAAUGCCACACGAUGGCGACAGAAGGCAGCUCCUCAACAAAUGUCACUGUAAGCGCUGCAUUUGGCAUCCUCCACACUCUCUCAUAUGAGCACAGACUGAUUUGGUCAGUGUAAUGUUGGACCCACUGGUAUGACAAACACCCUUUUCCACAAAUAAAGACACUCACAUAAAGUUGCAUAUAUUCAAAGCUCCGUGGCCUGGCUCUUUCUUUCAUAGAUGUAAGCAUAUAAAACAAAUUUGGCUCACAAAACUGAAUAUUAUAAUAUUCGUAUGUAGGCCUAAAGUAAAUAACUCAUCCGAUCACUGAAACAAAUCAUCUGUUCAGCCGCAGCAGCAGGAGCUGCAGCAGGACAGAGAGAGGACACGGAGACAUGUCCAGGUCGAGCUGCGCAAGAAAUAAGAGGAAGAGGAAGAAAGAAAAGGAGGGAGACAAAUUAAAUAUUUUGUUAACUUCAUCAUGUAUGUUUAUUUACUAGAUAUUUAAUUUAAUUAAAUGCGAUUUCAGCUGUGUUGAUUCAGUCAGGUUGUGUGUCCAAACACGUGCCAAACGCGCUCAUCAAAUCAGAUAUAGAUCAGAAUAUAUCUAUAUAGAUCUAAAUGUCUCAGAUUAAUAGUUGUUGAUGAUUAUUUAUUGCACUGAAAUGUGCCUGACACUGUGGAAACCCUCCAGUGAGGCAUCGGUGACGUAUGCCGAUACGCCGUCUACCAAAGUACUACUAGACCAGCUGCGCUCUGCCUGCGCUGAAAGCUGACCAGGUUUGAAUCGGCGAGCUUUCAGCGCACUUUACACGCCACUGGCGAGCACGAAAAUGUCACUGCGCCCACUGAUUCUGUCGACACCUCCCCCUGCCACGCCACCACGCCCAGCUUGGCGGAUCUCGGUUCGCCUCCGUGCGCCUCAGUCCACGAAAAUACCAAACUGGCUGUACACCGGGCUCCGCCAGACGAAAAUACAACUGUGCGGGGUCCGCAACCCUCCGCCGCCUCACUGGUGUACACGAAAAUAGAGCCCCUUGUGUAAAUGUGUUCAAAAGUGCAACAAGUACAGUUGAAACCAGACGUUUACAUACACUAUAUAAAAAGGCACAUUACCUUUUUUUUCCUCACUAACAUUAAAUCAGGUUAAACUUUUCCUGUUUUUGGUCGAUUAGGAUUACCAAAAUUAUUUUUAUAUGCUAAAUGCCAAAAUAAUGAGAGAGAGAAAUUUUUAGACAAUUUUGUAUUAUUUUCUCAAGAGUCAAAAGUUUACAUACAUUUCAUUUAUUUGGUAGCUGCCUUUUAAUUGUAUGACUUGGGUCAAAUUCUUUGGAUAUACUGCCACAAGCGUCUCACAAUAGAUUGCAGGAAUUUUGGCCCAUUUCUCCUGACAGAGCUGGACCAAUGCACAUUCAUCUCUGGGACACAGAACCUGUUUCCUCCCUGAGCGAUAUGAUGUCUGGACACUGGUGUUUAUACUUGCGUUUAUACAUGCGUACAAUUGUUUGAAUGGAUGAAAGUGGCACCUUCAGGCAUCUGAAAAUUGCACCAAGGAUGAACCAGACUUGUGUAGGUCCACAAUUCCUGAAAUCUUGGCAGAUUUCUUUACAUUUUUCUCAUGAUGUUACACAAAGAAGCAGUGUGUUUCAGGUGUGCCCUAAAAUACACCCACAGGUGUGCCUCUUAUUAACUCAAAUGUUGUUGAUUAAUUUAUCAGAGGCUUCCAAAGACACGAUAUCAUUAUCUGCAUAGUCAUCUUAGUGUGUGUAAACCUUUGACUCUCAAGGAAGUACAAAACCCAAGUUGGGAGACUGUGAUAACGUAAGUAAAAACAGAAUACAGUGAUUUGCAAUCCUUUUCAACCUAUAUUGAAUAGACUACAAAGAUGUUGCUUGGAUGGCAGCAUAUGUUGCUCCAAAUGUACCUACACUACAAAGACAAGAUAUUUAAUGUUCAAACAUAUAAACUUUAUACUUUUUUUGCAAAUAAUAAUUAACUCAGAAUUUCAUGGCUGCAACACGUGCCAAAGUAGUUGGGACAUGGGCAUGUUUACCACUGUGUUACAUCACCUUUCCUUUUAACAACACUCAAUAAACUUUUGGGAACUGAGGGGACUAAUUGUUGAAGCUUUGAAGGUGGAAUUGUCUCCCAUUCUUGCUUGAUGUACAGCUUCAGUUGUUCAACAGUCCAGCGUCUCCGUUGUCAUAUUUUACGCUUCAUAAUGCACCACACAUUUUCAAUGGGAGGCAGGUCUGGACUGCAGACAGGCCAGUCGAGCACCCGCACUCUUUUACCACGAAGCCACGCUGUUGUAAUGAAAAAGAUGUUGCUUGGAUGGCAGCAUAUGUUGCUCCAAAACCUGUAUGUACCUUUCAGCAUUAAUGUUGCCUUCACAGAUGUGUAAGUUACCAAUGCCUUGGGCACUUACGCACCCCUAUACCAUCACAGAUGCUGGCUUUUGAACUUUGCGUCGAUAACAGUCCGGUUAGUUCUUUUCCUCUUUGGCCCGGAGGACAUGAUGUCCAGUAGCUCCAAAAGCAUUUUGAAAUGUGGACUCAUCAGACCACAGAACACUUUUCCACUUUGCAUCAGUACAUCUUAGAUGAGCUCGGGCCAAGAGAAGCCGGCUGUGUUUCUGGAUGUUGUUGAUAAAUGGCUUUGCAAUGCAUAUUAGAGUUUUAACUUGCACUUACAGAUGUAGCAACGAACUGUAUUUACUGACAGUGGUUUUCUGAAGUGUUCCUGAGCCCAUGUGGUGAUAUCCCUUACACAUUGACGUCGGUUUUUGAUACAGUGCCGCCUAAGGGAUCGAAGGUCACAGGCAUUCAAUGUUGGUUGGACAUUGAAUUGGAUUUGCAAAUCAUUUUAUUCCGUUUUUAUUUACGUUUAUUACAAUUUCCCAACUUCAAUGGAAUUGGGUUUUGUAAUAAAAAAUGUCUAAAAAAUUCUUUCUCUCAUUAUUCUGGCAUUUAGCAAAUAAAAAUAAUUUUGGUAAUCCUAAUUGACCAAAAACAGGAAAAGUUGACCGUCUAACCUGAUUUAAGAGAAAAAAAAGGUUAUGUGCCUUUUUAUGUAGUCUUUGUAAACUUCCAGUUUCAACUGUAUGUAUUUACUGUUCCACCUUGGUAGCUGGUAGUUGAAUUUUGACAGAAGGGGACAUGACAUUUGAAAAGAGAAGUAUGAACAAUUUAUCUGUUUGAACUAAUCAUUCACUGCUCAACUUUGUGUUCAUCACAACACCCCACCCCCAGCCGAAACUGUCUAUCCAAUGUGGCAAUAUCUGUUUAGUUACUGUGGGUUGUUUAGUACUGGUUAGCUCCUGAUUUUAUAAAUGUGCUCUUUGUUUUCUUCUCAGCAAAUCUGCGAUGGUUUGUCAUUCAACGACUUACCACUGUACAUGCAGAACAAGAUCCUCUCCAAGUUAUCUGAUGCCUAUGACAUCAUUAACCUGGGACAGGCCACGCCCACUCUGCACUGCCUUAGUGAGAACAGGGUGCUGUGGAAGAAACUCUGCCACUUCCACUUCUCAGACAAACAGGUGAGAUAACAUCAUAUAUGAAUGUAUUUGAUGGAGAAUGAUGACUGAAUUUAACAAUGUGUUCUGGAACUUCUUAUGUAUGAGCUGUUUUGAAGUUGAACCCCUAUGAGAAACUUGUAGUCAUAGGGGAUUUCGGCGCCCUCUAUGGACAAAGUGGUAUGCCAUGUUUCCUUGCUGGUACUGUCCUGUAAAUUUGCAGGUAUUAUUUUCUGGGGGAAAAAAAGCUGCCAUUUUGUCUUAAAACCUCAAAAUGUAUUAAUCAGAGUCAAAGUACGAUUUUUAGAAAAUAAAGCUGUUUCUACAGGAGGUUAAGAAAUGUGUUGUUUGACCUCUUGCAAUGCACUCAAGCAAAUGACUUCAACGAAGCACUCAGUUUUAUCAGUUUUCUCUCAAUUAAAAUUCAACUUAAGAGAUAUCUGUAUUAACUUAAGUCUGUUAUGUUCCUAUCUGAAAUAAUAAUAAUUUAAAAACUCAGAGUGGCUUUGAGCAACCAAAGACUCAUAUAUUUCACAUGGUGUCCACUAGAGAGCAGCAUUACAACAAUUUGCUCACAGUUCGCGAUGCAAUGCUCACCCUUUCCCUCUAUUUCUCUCUCUCUUUUAAACACACACACACACACACACACACACUUUCCUUUCCCACUGAAAAUACACACUCAGGAUGAUGUUAAUGAUUAGUUGCCUUUAAUUAGACCUAAUAACAUUUUGUGCCAGUUAUAAUUACACUCUUGUCCCUGGUGUUUGCUUGCAUCCCUCUGCAGUUCUGUAGGAAUUUGGUCCUCACAAAGAGUGAUAUGGUGGACUGGAAGCUGAUGUACUUCACUCUACAGAAACACUACCCAAUGAAGGAGCAGUACGGCGACACCUUGCAUUUCUGCAAACACUGUAGCAUCCUUUUCUGGAAGGUAAAAAAACGCAGCUGCAACCCCUACUCAUGUCAUACAGGAAGCAUGAGCGCUAUGCUGCAGACCACAUCAGAAGGAGAUUAGAAGUUCAGCUUGACAUUUGGUGACACUUUCAGACAAAGGAAACAAAAGCAUCAAGUUUUUUAGUCUACACCAAUCAAGGUUGUGUAAUAAAGUGUUGAAGCUGUGUUUCCAGUGAGCUGAUCCUGCAAAGAAAGACAUUUCUCACAGACUUAAUAACCCUGCAGAGAUCAGACUCCAAUCAAGUAUCAAGCUUGGACUGGAACAUGUAUUUUUUCCUUUUUCCAGAGACAAAACCUUCAUUAUCUUUUGACAUAUUCAGGGAAGUCUCACUUACACUGCGGUCUAGUUACAUUUUCUCUCUCGUGCUGUGUCUCAAGCUGGUAGCCACCAAGGGGCUCCUUGUGCAAAUUAUAUUAAUAAUGUAAAAUGUGUGUUAAUCUGCAACAAUGGUCUUGGGGUCUGUAAAAACAUCAAAUUCACUUAUCAACAUAGAUGCUGAUGGUAAUAACUGCGUAAUGUAUGAUUCAGAAAACAUUUUAUUAGUUUGUCUCAAGUAUUCUUACAUGUAGGGAUCAGAGGUCAAAUAAUAGACUUGUCUACACUUUUUAUCUAAUCUUAAACCUUGUUAAAGACAGGGAUGUUCAACGAAAGCAGUUGAUGGGGAGUUUCUCAAUGUGCACAAACUAAUGAAAGUAGGAUGAGAAAUUAAAUUUCUGUCCUAUUACCCCCCUCCCUGGAUUCAUUUACCCCCAACAGUCUUACUAUCCUGCACUUUGUCCCUGUUCUUCUGUUAACCUCUGCCCUUUCUGCAUCCCUCCUUUUCCCUGUCUUGCUUCGUUCCUGCCUCCUCUCUCCUGGUUCCCUUCCUCCCUGAUUCCUUAAGGAUCGCCACCUGGCUUUGUUAUUCAAGGUACUUUCCUUUCUCUCAUUUCUUUGUGUUACCUCAGUUGGCAGCCUGUCCCCUUUUACUCCACUGAUAUGAUUUAAAGUUUCUUUUUUUCAGUGUGUUAAGCUUUGUAUUUUACUGUCAUCAUAUUUUGUGUUUGAUGAGCACUGACUCUGUUACUGCUGACUUUCAGCUACAAUCUUUGUGAAACAUCUUUUGCUGCUCUAUAGAUUCAACUGAAAGCUGAAUUCAAAUUUACUAAAACACAAAUUUUUGUCUGUGUAUACGUGUCUCAUCUGAGGUUGCAACAACUAUUUGUUAAAGCUAUCUGCAAAUGUUCCUGUGGUUUGCUUUGAAAAAUCAGAUGCAUUGCACCUUUGCAUGCACAGAUCUAUGUGACGUUCCUCUUGUCAAUCCACAGCUUUUUUUUACACCAAGUAUAUCAAGUCUAAUACACUGAUUGACUUUAAAUUGCAUUGGUGUCAGUCAACUCAUGUUAUGGCUAACUCUUAGUGCUAUACUUAGCAAGCAGAGCCCACAUAGUUGUUGUCAUUAAUAGAAAAAAAUAAAUGUACUUUCAUCGUUUGAUUUGCUGCCUUAUUAAAAAAGUGGCAUUCACAAAGGAAAGAGUUAAGUCUAAUAAAGCAAAAAAAGUGACCAAAAUAGAAAAGGGGUGAAGUCUGUAAAGCAGCUUGGAUUGAAGGAAGAUUUUGGUUCUGAGAUCCUCAUAGACUGCAUAAAUCCCCAUAUAUCAUUAUUUCUCUAAUUUAGGACUAACAGCUGAUAUGGACAUCACUGCCCAGUAACUGCUCCUCUGGUACAUCGAUCUUCCUUUUUCUAACUGUGAGAUAUUAACUGUGUUCCAGGACUGUGGGCAUCCGUGUACAGCCAAUGACCCGGACAGCUGCCUCAUGCCCAUCUCUCCGCAGCACUUCAUCGACCUCUUCAAAUUCUGAACCCUCCUCAUCCUUCUCCAAGCCAAGUGUCCGUUUACCCACACUCUUGACUCUAAGACUGCGUACGAGACUGUAAUGUUGUUUCUACCCAAAUACAAAGGGCUUGAAAUGAAAGAGAUUACUUUUGAUGUCUUCAUUUUUACGCACAAUGUUUAAAGGUUUACCGUACGUGUUUGUGGAUUCUAAGAAUGUUGAUAAUGAGUGAAAGAUAAAAGGAACUAUUACGUUUUCCUGCUUGUUCUCUUCUAGUGAAAAAGGAUUUUCCAUACAGAGGAAAGAAAAUAUGUUAAUGUAAUAUGAAUAGGUUAAAGGAGUUAUAUGUAAAAGCUGUUAAUGUUUCUGGUUAGGGAAGUGGUGUUAUGUAAUGUUUUAAAGUUUUUUUCCUUGGAAAGUUACAGUUUUGAAGAAAUAUAACAAGUCAUUUUGAUGGUUUACUUAAUGAGGUUACAACUACUCUGCUCUGCUCCAUUUUCGUGGUAUUUUCCUGCAAUAACUGAAUGCAUGUCUGUUAAAGUCUGUGUUUACAUGAUGUGUUUAGUCCUUUGUGUAUUCCUGUUGUGCUCCAUGUACAUCAGAAUUGUGGACAUGAAGUUUUUACAGUCAAACCUUGGCAGAAAUAACAAGUGAAAAAAAUAGAGGGAAUGAAAAAGGGGGAAAAAGUUUUGUAUCCUUCCUCCAACUUUUGUACUACUCCUUUACUGUUGCAAUACUCUUGAUGGUACUGUAAUGACUUUUAUGGGACUUUAACUAGUUAUAUGAAAGUAAAGAUUUCUAAAAACCAG